UUGAACGAUAUGGACCUUAGAAAUAGCCGGAAGUUCUCCACCCCUUUUCCCUCUGCCUCUGUCUGGGGAAAAUUUUUCUUUUUUAAACCUCCAUGACAUAGCUUAUGACAAAUGAGGAUUUUGUUUUGGAAACAUCCGCGAUCGAUGUUACUUGUAUAAAGAGAUAUUUUUUUAAUGCUGGACGUCAAAAUCGCCUUGAUUCUGUAGUGUAGAAUUUAUGAACGUGCUAAGGUGUAAAAAUCGUUAAUAGCUGAUAUAAAUGUAAGGGAUAUACUGUAUACCAUUUAAAAAGAAGCUUUGAGAGUGUAAAGUAUGUUUAAGUUGUUGCAGAUAAUAAAUUAAUCUGUUGAAGUUAAAACUGUUAUGCAUAAAAUAUGCAGGCAGUUAGGAAACAUAUUUGUGGUACUUAGAAUGUUUUGUUGAGAAGGUAUGCCUGCAUGAAGAUGUUUGACACAAAAUUUAUAGAUAAUUGUUUUUAUAUGAAAAAACUAUUUCGAAAAAAAUACAAUUUCUUAUAGAUUUUUUAUGUGUUAUAUAUUCGGAAACUGUUUCCUGGGCAGGAAUUAUUAAAUAUGGAUACAGUUGCAGAUGAGCAGUAUCAUACUAGUGAUGUUUUGAAACCAUUCUUGGAAAGAACUGCAACAAGUAAAAUUAUGUAUAUUCAUAUAGGAUCGCAUAUAUGUAAUGUAUGCAAGAAAUCAUUUCUUCGCAAGUUUGAUUUACAGAUGCACAUGCGUUUUCACACAGGCGAGAGACCUCAUGUAUGUGAUGUAUGUAACAAAGCAUUUAUGCAGAAAUUCAAGUUAGAGGAGCAUAGGUUUGUCCACUCUACUGAAAAAGUUCAUAAAUGCAGUGAAUGCAAUAAAUCAUAUAAAUGGAAGAGCGAUUUACUGGAGCACAUGCGUAACCACACUGGUGAAAAAUUGCAUGUGUGCAAUAUAUGCAGCAAAUCCUUUGCAAAAUCAUCUGGAUAUCAUGUUCAUCUGCGGAUGCAUAGUGGUGUGAAACCUUUUUCGUGUGAUAUAUGUAAUAAAUCGUUCUUGCGAAAAAGUGAUUUACAGGUGCAUGUUCGUAUUCACACCGGUGAGAAACCUUACAAGUGCAACUUAUGUGGCACAUCAUUUGUGUUAAGCUGUAAAUUAAAAGUACAUAUAUCACGUGUUCACACUGGAGAGAGGCCUUAUAAUUGUGACAUAUGUGGCAAGUCAUUUAUUAGGCACGAGGAUGUUAAAGCACAUUUGCGUACACACACUGGAGAAAAACCUUAUUCUUGCGAUGUUUGCAGCAAAUCAUUUUCGGAGAAAUCGGCAUUGAAGCGGCAUGUCAUGAUUCAUACAGGUGAGAAGCUUUAUAAAUGUGAGGUGUGUAAAAAAUCAUUUAUUCGGAAAAGUAGUUUUCUGCUGCAUAUACGUAUCCAUACUGGUGAGAAACCUUUUGAAUGUAAUGUAUGUACUAAAUCGUUUGCAAGAAAAACUUCCCUACAAGAUCAUAUGUAUACUCAUACAAAUGAGAAGCCUUAUUUUUGUGAUAUAUGUGAAAAAUCAUUUAUUUGGAAGCAUCAAUUAAGGAAACAUAAACAUUCUCAUUUAGUAUGAGAUCGUGUAUAUGCGAAAUGCAGAGCAAAUCAUACAUGCAGAUACAAGUUAAGUAAGUGUAAAUGCAUCCAUGCAGAUGAAAAAUGCAAUAUGUGGAGAAUGCAAACAUAACUUUGUCUCCAUAAAUUAUAUUUAUAAAUAAUACUCAUAUGGAUGAGAAACCUUAUAAUUAUGGUAUCUAUUCUAAGUCAUGUAGUCUAUCUAUUCUAAGUUUUUCUUGAAAAGUAAAUUAUGGGUGCAUAUGUGGACUUAUGCUUGGGGAAAAUUUUAUAAAUAUAGUGUAUAAAGGAUAGCAUCAUGUGAAAUUAAAAAUAUUUUUAAAGAUGGUGAAUUUAUAGUGAUGAGAAAUCUUCAGUAUGUUUACUUUUCAAACUUUUUUUUUUUUAAUAUUACCAAAAAUGAUGUAACAGUGUAUAAUCAAUUUAGAGAAACUACAUUAUAUUAUAUACAACAAAUCAUUCGUGGUAAUGUGUUCUCUCAUGACAUACACACUGACCUAAGUGAAUAAUCUCAUCAUAACAUAUUUGAGGUUUAAAAAAGUAAUAGUAAAUUAGUGAGAAAUUUCAGAAGUGCUCUAAUGCAAAUGUAUAUUCAUAGUGUAAUGGGACUUUUGUAUUUAUAGUUUUUAACCUAUGGGUGAAUUAUUUAUUCCUGAAUGAGUAAAGUGAUGUCCACUUUAGACACCUUAUGAAAAGAGCUUGAUAAUGUCUUUUACAAAUUAGGUGUGCUCGAUUUUGGAGCACAUCCAACUUAGGUAAUCUGUACUUACAAAUGGGAAAGUUUCCCAUUAAAUAAUUUAUAACUCAAUAAAUUAAUAAUUUUAUACUUAGUAUACCAUCCUAAACAAACCUGUAUAGCGUAAGCCAGGGGUUCCAAACCUUACGCCCACAGGCACCAUGGUGCCAGCCUCUGUGUGAUCGCAAUAAAAAUGUUUUAGGUUUCAAUAAAAUUCUAUUUGAAGGUUUUCUCAUUUUUUAUGAAAUGGAAAUUGUAUCUGACACAGAUACCAGCACAAAGGGAAAUGCGACCGAUCUCUUUUUUUAUGUGCAUGUAUUAUUAAUUCUAUCCAACGUAAAUAGUGCCCGCUGACCAACAGAUAUUCUAGAAUGUGCUCUUAGGGACAAAAAGGGUGGGGACCUAUGGCAUAAGCUGUUCACUGGUACAGAACUUUUAUGCUGAUGGGCGAGUGUCAUUACAAUGUUAUGCGUGCAGAGCAACACUUGUGACCUACUUUUCUGUUCAGUUUUAUAAGUCUAUAUUUACUUCUACAGUAAUGCAUCCAAAGUGAAUUUGAUAUAUUACUGCAGUAAUUUUCUGAUGGUUAAUGUUUAUUUAUCUUCUUGCCUGAAAAGUGUUAAAGAAAAAUAAUUAGAGUUAAGUAAUAUAACAUAAAUAUACUCACUAUUUAUUAGAGACUGAAAGGAAAGGGCAUGAAUACAGAAUUAACUAGCGUAUGUUAUAUUGUAAAAUGUGACUGAUGUAAACGGUAUGUGCACGGAAAUAUGUUUUGCAUAUGUACCAAUUUCAUUCAGGUACACUUCCAGUUGGUAAGACAUUGAGAAAAAUUUUAGUGCAAAGUCUGAUAUUUAAAAUGUUCUUGUUGUCUAUCUAAAAUAUUUUUACCAUUAUGUUACUUUAUGCUAAAUAACAUUUGCUGUGUAUAAUUUGAAGAGUAUUCCCAUUUUGUGAAACAUAAGAUCAUCAAUUCUGUUCACGCAUCUUUUCCCAAAUAACCAGUUUCGUACUAAAUCAUGUAAUUUAAAAGCAUUAAAUGCAAUCCUAAAUGUUUUA